AUUUUAACCAGUUGGACCUACCGCAAAACUAUCUAGAAAUGGCAUUUGGGAGACACAAACUUGCAUUCAGUCCUCUGGCAACGGCUCUAAUUUUGAACCUUCAGUCAGUAUGCCAACAAUUUGAGAUCUGUGACAAAACUUGCAUAUUUUACUGUAGUGGGCAUUUACUGUCCCAAACAACCUGUACAUGUGUAAUGAUGAUGUUGUUUGAACCGUUUGUUGAUAUGCUACACCUGGGUGGAUGGAUACUCUUGGUAACAUGUUUGGAAACACUCGUGGGCGUCAACUUGGUAAGGUGAGGCAACUUAACUGGAAGGGGAAAUCAGAGUUCCUAAGGACUGUGCAGGUCCGGAAUAGACUACUGUGGAGGUGAAACUACGUUGCUGUGGAAAUAAUAAACUCAGGGGAACUCUUCCAAAAACAGCAGGAUUCUAAAGAGUGAGAAGAAUGGGUGAGACAAUGGUCAGGGAGGAUGGCACAGUUACCAGGUCAGCUGAGUAUGUUGGGUCCUUUCCUGUGGAUGACUGCUGCUUGGAUGAUCAGAUUCAACAGUUACACAAACACCUCAAGGCUCUGAAAGCAUGCAACAGAAGGAGGUCUGUGUCCCUGAAAUUUUCUAUCAAAGGGGUGAAGAUAUAUGAUGAAGAUGAGACGACCCUCCUCAUGGCCCACGCUCUACGAAGGGUCUCUCUUUCCACUGCCCGCCCCUCAGAUGCCCAGUUUGCCUUUGUUUCCCACAACCCACGCAGCCCUGACACCCAACUAUUUUGCCACCUUUUCAAGGCUAGACAUUCCAGAGCAGCCCAGUUCCUGAACCUGUUGCUGAUCCGCUGUUUUCAGCUGUCUUACCUGGAGAAGCACCCAGAGGAGGCGCAGGAGGAGUCUUUCGGCCCACUACCCAGACGCGCCCCCUCCCUGCUUAACCAGGGCUUCCCACUCAGUGUCAGCGCCCUUGUGUCCUUCCGUAGAGCCCCAAAUCAGGGCUUGCUCCCAGGUGAAAAGGUCUUUCCAACAAAGAACAAUAAAACACCAACUAAGGAACAACCGAACAGCCAAGAGGAGGCCUUCACCGCCUCUCCAUCCUUGGUGCGAUCAAAAGCUAUCCGGAACAAAGUCCUGCGUUCGGGAGCCUAUCGCUCCUUCACUUACACCCCUCAUAAACAUCGUCAUCUCCAGGAUCAGCUAAACUCUCCUCAAGGGAAGGGGCAGGACAAACUGAAAGUGAGGAGAGCCCGGGCCCCCAGCCUUGCAGAAACAGAAGAAGCACUGGCUCAUGCAGUGUGGUGCUGGGCCGGCAUUGCCAUGGAAAGCAGCUCCCGCCUGCUUGAAGAGGAUGUCCUCGGGUCAUACCUGCUAUGUCCCCAUCCUAAGCGACCAGGUUGUGGCUCUCUCAGAAUUCGUUUUUCGUCUAGACUGGUCACAUACCAGAUACACAAUACUUCCAAUGGGAAAUGUAUGCUUGAGAACUGCCAUGAAGAAUUUAGGACCAUUGAUGCCCUAAUAGAGCACUACACAGUUGUCAAGGGGGAGCUGAACUGCCGGCUGAGUUGUGCCCGUGUGAACCACUGCUAUGAGUGGGAGGAGAGACUUGGCGUGGCACCCCCUUCAGCCCUAAAAGGCCCUAAAAGAGACACUGCAAAAUAUAGCCGGAGGAACCAGUGGGUUUGAAAGUAAUUAGGAUUGAUGGCUCUAUCCAAUUCUCUGAGACUUAAUUUCUUUUGUAAUUAAAUAUUUAUUAAUAACGAAUUAGCUGCUCAAGGCACAUAUGAUUUAGGGAUGUUUUAAUGUCUAAAUGGUCUGUAUUUUUAUAUUUGUCUGUUUAUAUUUGUCUGUUUUUGCUGCACUUAAAUCCCAGUUGUAUAAUUUUAAACUGUAUAUAUUUUGUAUUGCUAACUUACGGUUUCUUUUUUAUACCUCGACAAUACCUCGUAGCUGUCUGUUUAAAUGUUUUUUUAUCCAUCUUUUUAAGAUGUCCUGUGAGAAUUAGCAUUUUUUUCAUUAGGAUUACAAAUAAAUGUAAUUACUUGCUGA